UUUCAUUGAAACUUUUUCGAUUGUCACAAAAAGUGUGUAUAUAUAUGUAUAUAUAGAUAUCGGCGGAUUCAGAGAUCGGCGUAUUCAAUAUGUGAACAAAAUAAUGUUUCACUAACUCUUCUCAAGAGUACAAAGUAGGCCUAAUUACGCGAUGCCUUUCGUAAAUAUGAAAAAAGCGGCGACCCAAUCGGGAAGCUCGAAGAGUUUCUCGGUUCGGGUCACUACUAUGGAUGCUGAACUGGAAUUUUCAAAUAUUGAGCACAAAGCAACAGGGAAGGAUUUGUUUGAAUUGGUGUGUCGUACUAUAGGACUAAGGGAGACCUGGUAUUUUGGACUCCAGUUCAUUGAUUCAAAGGGAUACAUUUCCUGGCUUAAAUUCGAUAAAAAGGUUUUAGAUCAAGAUGUUCCAAAGGAAACACCGGUGCCCUUCCUGUUCCUUGCGAAAUUUUUUCCUGAAGAUGUCUCUGAAGAGCUUAUACAAGAGAUAACACAGCAUCUCUUUUUUCUUCAAGUGAAACAGUCAAUCAUCAACAUGGAUAUAUAUUGCCCACCAGAAGCAUCUGUACUUCUCGCCUCCUAUGCUGUGCAGGCAAAGUAUGGGGAUUAUGACACAUCAACUUACAAAGUUGGGACUCUUGCCAGUGAGGACUUGCUGCCCCAGCGUGUGAUUGACCAAUACCAGAUGACCCCUCAGAUGUGGGAAGAAAGGAUCAAGGAAUGGUAUGCUGACCACAGAGGAAUGUCUAGAGAUGAAGCAGAGAUGGAAUACCUGAAAAUUGCUCAAGAUCUUGAAAUGUAUGGAGUGAACUAUUUUCAAAUUGAGAAUAAGAAGAAUACAGAUCUGUGGUUGGGAGUAGAUGCCUUAGGUCUGAAUGUGUAUGAGUCCAAUAAUAAACUGUCUCCAAAGAUCACAUUUCCCUGGAACGAGAUCAAGAAUAUUUCCUUUAAGGACAAAAGAUUUGUGAUAAAACCUGUUGAGAAGAAAUCCCCAGAUUUUGUAUUCAAACCACCAAAACUACGAAUUAAUAAGUUGAUAUUAGAGUUAUGUAUAGGAAACCAUGAAUUAUUUACAAGACGAAGAAAACCUGAUUCCAUGGAAAUUCAACAGAUGAAAACUAAUGCCAGAGAAGAAAAGAUACGCAAACAGCUGGACAGGGCCAGACUAGCCAAGGAAAAGCAACUUAAAGAGGAGGCCCUCAAGGAGAAGGAGGAGCUGGAAAAACGCCUUCAAAUGUUACAAGAGGAAGUCCGGGCUGCACAGGAGUCACUGCGACGGUCGGAGGAAACAACUGAGUUGUUGGCAGAGAAAGCUCAAAUAGCAGAGGAGGAGGCGGUUCUCCUGGCUCAGAAAGCCUCAGAAACAGAAGGAGAGAUUCACAGGAUGAAACUGAAGGAAAUGAAAAAUGAAGAGGAACGUAUGAUAAUGGAGUACCGAGCUCGUGAGGCUGAAAUGAUCGCCACUAAAAUUCUUGAGGAUUCUGAGAGGAGAGCUGUUGAAGCAGAACAGUUAAAGAUUGAUCUUGUUCAGGCCAAGAUGAACGAACAAUCAGCCAAGGAGAAACUGAUGGAGGUAGCCAGAGUAUCUCCAUACACACAACAGGCAAUGUACGGACUACACAGUCUGCCUUCAGAUCUAGCUGAACUACAGCUGGAGGAACCACACAUGGAGGAGUUACAGGAGAUGACGAGCGAGGCGAGCUGUGACCUGCUGGGGGCAGGGGACAUGGACCAGUUAUCUAUAGAGAUAGAGAAGGAAAGAGAGGAAUAUAUGGAGAAGUCCAAACACCUACAGGAACAGCUGAAGGAAUUGAAGACGGAGAUUGAGGUUCUGAAGGUGGAAGAGAACGAGACAGAACUGGACAGACAGCAUGAUGAGAAAAUCCGUCGUGGAGACACCAAGUAUUCUACCCUUAGAAUGGCUAAAGCCACAACCACCCAAGCCAGAGUCCAGUUUUUUGAGGACUUAUGAGAGACACGUUAAAGCAUUUCUGUGAUAGAGACUUUAAAGAAUGGUGCAGGAGUAUUGGAAAUUCUUGAGAUGAAUACAAAAUCAGAGAGGGAAGCAGAACAGCUCAGUGUUAUUGUUCUAGAACUGUUUUUGCUUCUCUCUCUGUUUUUUUUUACUGAGUGCCUUUUAAUGACUUUCAGUCCAUUGUUUUUAUAGAAAGUAAGACAAUAGAUGUGACUUAUAUAGAUUCAGAAGUUAAUUUAAUAUGAUAUCACAUGUUUGAUUUCAGAACAUUUUAAUAUUACGAAAUACAGAGAUUUAACCCAAUGGAAAAAUUUGAUUGCUGUCAAACAUAGGUUUUUCUGCAGGUUGGCAACAUAAGAAUCUUCCCGUAGCAGUGAGGAUCUCUCCGUUUCACUCCAAGGUGGGGAUUGUUUCUUAACCCUUUUGGCCCUGUAAGGCUUUCAUAUAUUGAUGUCUCUCAUUGAUUUUUACUGGAUUGUCCUCAUCUCAAAUUUAGGGUGAGACAGUUUUCUUGCUGUAAUGUUUAAUUUCCUUGUCUCACCCAAGGGUUUAGAGGGAGAAUUCUUAUAGAAUUGUAUGACAUCAUGACAACAAUACACUUGAAGUCAUGCCAACAAGUUAGUGCAAUAAUGCCUGAAUUGAGGUUAGAUAUCAACAUGAUAGCAAACAUGAGGAAAACAGGGUAAUAGAAAAAAUGGGCAUGAGAUAGAUGUAAGGGAAUUUCAACCCUAAGUGUAAGAUGCUUAAGCUAUCAUACCCUUAGCAAGCCUCAUAAUGUUCAACUACAUAAUCUUAAGAUCACUUAUCUCUGACACCCCCUAAGAGAUGAAAAAUUCUCUAAAUCUGACACCUUCAAAAGUGAUACACCUGGCUAGAGUAAAAUAAAUUUUAUUUCCUUUUAAUUGAUCAUGUCUUUCAUUACACAUUCAAUUGCAAUUCAUUUGAUGAAAUACUAAUCAUCCAGACUAAAAUAAUAAUCCAUAUAUUUAACGUUAUUGCAUAGAUUUAGUCAAGGAAUCAUGAAUGAUAUAAAGACAUUAUGAGAGUAAUCAAUGAAGUAUUCAAUGUUCAUCAGUACUAACAGAGACGACUAUUCAAGGUUACCAUCACGUCAGUUUGUCAUUUCAUAUAAUUAGACAAAAGUGUAUUAAAUGUCUUACAUCAGAACAGUCAUUGCCAAAAUUAAAUAAGUUAAUAAGUUGACCUUGUUUUCGUAAAAUAUGGUUUGUAUUUAGGUUGGUUAUAUGAGCCCUUUUGACCAGAUUUUUUCCAAUUUUAUAUCCAGUCUUUAAUUUGUCUAGGGGCAUAUUGUGGUUUUUGUGACAUUUGGUUUGGAAGUAUAUUCAGUGCAGUGAAACGUUUUUGUAUUGGACAUAGAAAAUAUCCACUUUCAUCAUUGGUGGGGUUUUGUGUGUAAUCAAUAUUUUGGAUAAGAACAUUCCAAAGCAUUUUCAUGUGUAAGGAAUAGACACAACAAAUUAUACAUUCAUAGCUAACAUUACAAGCAUUUUCUAUUAUUAGUGUUUUAAGUCUAUAGGAGUCAUUUUUUUUUAUCAAAUUAACAGGUUUAAUCAAAUCUUAAAUUAUGCAGCAUCUGGAUUCCAAGCUGAAAGCUGAUCAAAUCUUUUAAGAUAAAAGGAAAUUUGGUUUGAUGUCUCGAUAGUUUUAUCCAGCAAUAGAUUUUUUUUCUUCCAUACCACCGCUUUACCAGAUAUUGUGUUCAGAAUAAAUUUUGCUGUUAAUUGAUAAUUGUAAUCACUGGUAGUUUUGUUUGUAUUGGUGAUGUACUGUUGUAGAAAAUCUCAUCAUACUCAUAUAUCAUUUACUUAUAUUAGAACCUCACUUGUUCAGAGAUUUCAUUCAUUUAGUACAUCCAGAAUUAUGUCCCUUGAUCUAAAUGUUCAGGCUUUGAAUUGAUAUAUCCCUUACAGUUAAAUACUAAAUAGUAUUUAAUUCUAAACUUCUUUGUGACUUGAUUAUUGAUUCAAAUUAUCAUAUAACUAAAUGUAACUUAAAUAGGGGAAUUAUUUCAUUUAUAUAUAGGAGAGAUUGAAGGUGCCUUUUCUUAAUCUCGUCUUCUACAAAACUAAUCAUGCCAUCAGUUUAAAAUCAAAAUAAUCAGAAGUUUUUUUACUCUUUAAGCCAAGAGUUUUCGACGUCGCAAGAAGAGCCACCUGACAAUUUCAAUGUUUAUUUUGAUAGCUCUACAGGUACUAUAUAUAUACGUGUGAGUUGAUACAAUGUGAUAUUUGCAGGGGAUUAGAUUUCACUAUAUUCAUGGUAAUUAAGUAUAGUGAAAAAUUUGGUACCUGCAAAUAUUUUUUUAUAGCAAUAAUGCCUGAAACGUGAUUUUGAAAGUCAGUGUUGUGAGAAAUGUAGAAUUAGCGAACUAGUUCUGACUGGGACUGUAGCAUUAACUUGAUUUUAGUUUUUACUCAUUAACUAAAAAGCAUUAAGUAAUGUUUUUCUGUAGUUCAAUAACAUGUAAAAUCACCAUGUAUACUUAAAGUAAUAUAUCAGCAUGUUAUAUAUGA